CUUCAGCCACCACCAUCCUUACCGUGAUCCUGGUAAAGAAGCAGAGAAUGAAAAAGAAGCCUACAUAUAAUACCUGCAGGGCUGCAAUGCAACAACCCAGAAGUAACACAAGAGAGAGAGAGGAGAGAGAUGGAAUAUCUGUUCAGCCACCCCCAUCCUUUAACUCCUUAUCAAGCCCAAGAAAAUGAACAAAUCCAGUGCUCAGGUUGUAAAUCGGCUAGCGGGUCAGGUUUACUAUAUGGGUGCAGUAAGUGUAGAUACUUUCUCCAUGAGCAAUGCCAAAACAGGAUGAAGCACCCAUCUCACCCAAACCAUCCUCUCACCCUUCUUUCCAAAUCAGCAUACGCCGGUGGCUCAUUCAUUUGUAAUGGGUGUCGUUUAACUGGUGAAGCAUGUGUCUUAAACUGUGGCCCUUGUCAAUUUGAUCUCCACAUUAAAUGUGCUUCCUUGCCUCUCACUAUACUCCAUAAAGAUCACCCUAAACAUCCAUUAACCCUCUAUUUUGAAUUCCCCAUUGAUGCAUACGAGACCUUCGGUUGUGAUGUUUGUCAUUCUCCCGUUGAUAGGGCAGGCUGGAUCUACUAUUGUAAAGAGUGUAACUAUGGAACCCAUGUUCGUUGUGCUAAAUUUGACCGAGGAGAAGCUCCACAAGACAAGCCUUUGAGCCGUCAACCACCAUCGUCGCCGGCGUUCGUGGCGGCGAGCCUCGGCACUGAGAAACAAAUGGAGACACCUGUUCAAACAGUUGGUGGUGGCGGUGGCGGUCUGUCGAGGAAAGAUGAAGAAGAUCAGAAACCAUUGAAGCAAGUAGGGGAGGCGAUGAUGGAUACUGAACUUGAGAUUUCUAGGCUUCAAAUUCAAUUGACUCGCCAUAUUGCACAAGUGAUGAGUUGGGCUUGUCGUUGUUAAUUAAUGACUUCAUCAUGUCUAUACGAUAUAUGGUUUACAAUUAACGACUUCAAUAGCAACAACA